CGCAAUCCUAUACCUCACACACAAAUUUGAAAUUAUAUACUAAACACGUAUAGAAAUGUUACAUGCCUGAGGGCGAUAUUGGAGCAUUGCGAAAUUUUUCAGUGUCAUUUUGCAUUAUUUUUAGCCUUAAAAUAUUCAUUUAUGAGACAUAAAACUUAAAUCAUCUUGGGUGAUGUUUCAUAGAAAAUUAUCCUAAAGUUAUAUCUGUUAUGUAUCUUUAUAUGUGAAUUGAUUGAUCUUUUUAAUGUUUCAUCGAAUUGAUAUCCCCGAUCGAAUGUGUUCAAUUAUGAGGACUAAUACAUCUAAAGCUCAGUUGUUCUAUGAUAAACCUGACUCCCGAUUUGCUGUUCAGUGCAUUACUGUUAUGAACGGCAAAUGCUUCCUUCACUUAUUUGAUAAUACACAUGCAAAAUUCGGUUUCACUUGAGCUCAAAGAAAACACUGUUUGUGUGAAUGAUAUUUAAGCUUAUUUUGUAUUAGAGUUAUGGAAACAGGUAUUAACUUACCUGAACCUGUGGAAUAUGUGGAUGCAAUAUGCUUGGAUAAAGGUAUAAUUUUACCAGAUGGAUGUACUACAGCUACAAUUACUACAGUAGAUGGAGAACCUGUAACAUUCAUUGUUUCGCAACCAUUGGUUGAAAAUGAAAAUUGUACGAGAUCAGAAGAGGAAAUAAUAACUGCUGAUGAUGCAUCCAGUCGUAAUGAUAACGAAUUAAAUCUUCAAGAAAGAGAUAAUCGGCCAACAAUCUAUACUGUACAUUAUCCAAAUGAUGUGCAACAAGAGGAAACAAAUUAUUUAGAACAACAAGAACAUGAUAUACUAGAAGAAAGUAAAACUGUUAUCAAUCAAGAAAAUUCCGUGGAACAUGAAAUUUUAGUAUCCCAACCAGAUAUUGAAUCACUUACUCCUGUGAGUAGAUUGGAGGAUUUUAUGGAUGUUGUUACUACUUAUAAAUGCAAAUUUUGCCGAUUUUCUUGUCCUUGGAAAUCUGGAUUGAUGUCUCAUAUACGAUGUUGUCACAUCAAAGAAAAAAAUUGCAUUGUGACUCUUAAAUCAGAAAAUAAAACUAAGACAGAAUCCUUGGAUAGUACAAGAAAUGAUGAAUUGGCAACAGUUUCUAAAGAUACGGAUUCAUCUGAAAAAGUUGCUAAUGUAAAGGAAAAUGAAUCUUGCAAAGAAGAUAAUAUUGAGGAAUCAAUAACUGUGAUGAAUAGUGAAAAAGUUGAUGCAGGAAAUGAAAGCUCUAGUUCUCCUAAUUCUCCUUUGAAUGAAAGGCACAUUUUUCUGUGUGGUCAGUGCAGUGAUGGAUUUGCUUCUUUGGAAGAAUGUAAACAGCAUAUGAUUGAUGAUCAUAAUUUAAGACUUGCUCAAGAUAAUGAAAAACCGCUUCGGAAGCGUGGUCGGCCAAGAACCCGCCAAAAGAAAGAUGACUCAAAUCAGCAAAAAAAGAAGAUAAGAAAAGAAACCAGUCCUAAAGAAAGUAAAAAGAAAAGAACUACCUUAUUUAAAAAUUUGGAAGAUGAAUUAGAUUGCUGUAUUAAACGAAAGCUUCGUACGGGCUAUGUGAAUGACCGAGCAUUCAGGUGUACUCGAAGUGGAUGUGGACAUCGCUUUACCUCUGAUUCAAAUUUAAACUAUCAUUAUAAUUGUCAUUCAUCUGGUGCAAAGCAAUUUACAUGUCCUGAAUGUCGUGAAGAAUUUGAUAAUUGGCGAGGACUUGCAAUGCAUCUUUGGAGAGAACACACAGUUGAUAUUGAUUUACAUUCUUGCACUGAAUGUAGUUACAAGACUUUUAGCUUCUUUAAAUUAGAUAAUCACAGGAAAAUCCAUAGUGAAGAAAGAGCUUAUGUUUGUGAUACAUGUGGCAAAGGCUUUAAGCAGAUCAGCCAACUUCGCAACCAUGUUGUCAUUCAUUUGGAUCGUAAAAAUCUGCCUGAGAAAAGAUGGUACAGUGAACAGGAAUGUGAUAUUUGUGGGCGUAAAUUUUCAGAUACUAAAUGCUUAAGAAAACACCAACAAGCUGUCCACAGCAAAUUAAAACCUUAUAUUUGUUCCUACUGUGGACACCUGAGUGCUCGGAAAGCUAUGCUUGAGUUGCACAUGAGGCAGCAUACUGGAGAAAAGCCUUUUCUGUGUGAGCAUUGUGAUUAUCGAACAGGAGAUCAUAAUUCUCUGAGAAGACAUAGGAUGAGGCAUACCGGAGAUAAGCCAUAUAAAUGUCCUCAUUGUCCUUAUGCUUGCAUACAGGCAAUUUCAUACAAAACACAUUUAAGGAAUAAGCACCCAGGCUUAGGAGGUUUAUAUUCAUGUAAUAUAUGUUCUUUUAAAUCUGUAAGUAAAGAAAAUUUUUUGAAUCACAUGUCAGAUCAUAAAAGACUUUCAGAAAAUCUGGACCAAACUACUACUAAUCUUUCACAAGCUGAACCAGAAAUACAGCUGGAAUCCAUAUCAUCAGAUCAAUCUUCUGUACAGAUGCAGCUCACUGAUAAUGCUUUGCAACAACUGGAAGGCAUUCUUCCAGGUAAUAUCACUGCUGCUCAGCUAAUAUACAGCUGUCUUAAUGCCAUGAGCCAAGAUGGUAGUACAGUGAAUCUUCCUCCUGGUGUAACUGUGAAUAUCCCUCAGUCUGCAAGUACAUCUUCUGAUGGCACACAGACAAUUACUAUCCAGUUACCAACUAGUCAAGAAAUGGAGAAUGAACCAUAUUAUUUUACCAUUCAACAACAAGAUGGUACGACUGCUUUGGUACUUCCUUCUGAUCAGAACACUGAAAAUGUGCAGGAAGCAGCUGACAUGGAAGGGGUUCAUUUGACUGAUCAGGACAUUUCUAGUGCUGCUGCUUCCUUAAAUUGCAAUGUUCUUGCCGAAGAAGAUGGUGCACAAUUACAGGGUGAGAAUGCAGAUUUAGUCAUUGCUCAUAUAGAAUCAUUGACCGACUCUAAUAACUUUAAUGAAAUGAUAACAGGUACUGAAAUACGCCUUCAGAGUUCUUAGGUAAGAUUAGAAGAAGUCAUCAUGUGUGAUUUAUUCAUAAUAUCUGUGAUUUUUUUUUAUUGUUUUGUAAUUAUUGUGCUGUUUUAAAAAAAUUAUAUAUCUAUAUAUAUGUGUGUGUGUAUGUAUAAACUCUUUGACGGAAACCAAGACCAAAUAUUUUAAGACAGAAGAAAAGUAUUUUUAUGUGCAUAAUUAUAAGUUUUUGACUUGUUUUAUUGUGAUUUUAUUUUGUGGAAUUAUUUUAAAUUGUUAUGGUUGUGGCUUUAGAAUUUGUGUAUAUUUGUUUCUAAAAUCUGUUAGUUUUAGGUACACCUAUUCUUUUUAGUAAAUGUUAGUAUUAAAAAUUGAAACUUAAAAGUGACAUUAGUGCAGUUUCAUUGUUAGGCAACUUACUGUUAAUAAAUAUUUGGAAAUCAACUAGCCUUCUAUAAAAAGAAUAAAAAAAUUUCAGCGUUUAUUUAUAAGGCUGGGGGGGGGGGGAUUAAUAAAAAUAGAACUAAAUAUAAAAAUGCUGCUUUUUUUUUUUUUUUUGUUAGGAGUUCUAUUUUAACAGUUUAAUUAGAAAAGUGAUUAGGUCACACAUUAAAACUAGAUUUAUUUUACAUGAUAACAGAUAAAUACGGUGUAGUAAAGGAAAUGGUUAAAACUUUAAAAGAUAAUAUGUAGAAGUAAUAUUUUGUAUAGGGAAUUAUAACACUAGAACAUGGUAAGCAAAAGACCAUAGGAAAAAUCAAUUUAAUCAUGAUGUGUACAAAAUUUAAUAUUUGGUGCUUAUAAAACAACUACUACUAAUUGCAAUGUAUUAUCAUACCUGAGAUACUUGCAGUAAAUUCAGGAUCAUCAUUUGGAUUUGCUAAAUUGGGCUUUUUGCAAAAACCUUGAGAAACAGUUGCUAAAAAAUGUUUUCAAUUUCCUGUCUUUUCAAUUCUAAAACUGAGGUCAUUUUUCUUCUCAUCUAUGUAUAUUUAUAUCAGAAUGUAAUUUGCUACUACUGUGUGAAUUAAAAAAAAUGAUAGAUAAGUUCAAAACAUUUGUUUUCAGUUUAUUCCACCUUUAAAUUAAAUAUUAAUACUAAUUAUGUUACUAGAAUAUCCUGGUUUCCUAAUUAUGUUCAAAGAAUUAUGGCAUAAUUUAAUUAUAAGGUGACAUUUCCAUCGAUUUCUUUUUCAAAUCGAGUUUUGUCAUCCUGAAGAUCUUUAAUGUGAUAAUGCUACAAUGAUUUUUAAUAUCUCAACACUUUUUGUAUAAAUUUAUUUUAUGAAGUUCAGUUUUUUUUUGUUUGAAAUCUUUAUCAUAUCUGAACAAUGGAAGCUUUUACAAAUUAUUAAGAAUUAUAUUGUUAUAAUUAGAAAAAUGUAGUUCUAACCUUUAAUAAUAAUAGUAAAUCUAUGUAAUAAAUCAAAAUCUUAGUUAUUUGAAAUCAUCAAAUAAUAAAUUUCAGAAAAAGCUUGGUGGAAUUUUUGAAAGGUUAAAUCAGUGGCAUUGACAAUUCAGAUUAGUUGAUUGGUUUUAAUACAGCGGGCGCUAUUCCUGUUCUUAAUUUAAUUCUAAAAUAUUUAACAAAUCAUACUGUAAUACAAUUUUGCAAAAACUAAAUUACUUAGAAGGGUUUGAUUAUUUUAUUCUUUGACUAAUUGAAUUUUGUUUUGAUGGAACUUGGAGAUAACAUUAAAUAUUAAGUAGGGUUUUCUAUUUUUUUGGAUUGUUAAAUUAAAUGAUUUUUAUAGUUAGUCACAGGACAAGUAUUAUUAACAUAGUGUUAUGUCUUUUUUAAAUACCAUUACAGGUUUUGCCAUUUUUAUUUCCUUAUUUGAAUAUUGUUAAUACUUUUUAAUGUAAUUAAAAAAAAGAUACAGUGCUUAUUAAGUAAAAGAAAUAAUUUUUCUGGAUAUUUGAACAUAGAAAAAAAUUAUUGGACAGGAAGAAUAAAAGGUGAAAAUUUUAUCUUGUUUGAGUUUAUUUACAAUUAUGUUUAAAAAUAUUUAAUUGUACUUAAUAAUCACAAAAUGAUUUUUGUCAGUGGUUAAUUCAUCAUAGACCUUAGUUGUUCCUUUCUACUUUUGCAUAUACUUAGGCUUGUAGACAUUUUUUGACCAUUGCAGAGGUUAUUGUGGAGGUAUAAUCUAUCAUGGCAUGCUAGUAUCUAUAAUAGCUCUGUUAUUUUUUCAUGUAGAAUAAAGAUCUCCAAUAAUUCAGAAUAUCUUCAGCAUUAGGAAGAGAGAUUAGAACCUAUUAUAUCAAGAUAAACUGAUUCAUCUUGUUUUGUGUUUUGUUCCCCUUUUAUCUAAAUUUUUCUACUUCUUUUCAUUUUAUAUAUUUAUGCUGUCAUUUUACUCUAAUACCUGCUCAAAAUUAGGCAGUGUAUUAUUAGUCUUUUUCUUCAUUGUUUUUUUUUUUUAUAUACAUUGAUUAUUCAAGUUGAAAUAGUCUUUCAUAAUGUGAGAAAAUGAGCUAUUUUAAAGUAUUGUCAUGGUGAUUUUGACUUCACCACAUUUUUGGUAUUUUGGUGAUCAUAUUUAGCACUGUAUACUUAUUUGGGAAAUAUAAGGCUUCAAAUCUUGGUUCUCAAGAUAAUGGAGAAAUUUCUAAAAAUUUCGAUCCUUCACUGCUGCAGAAUAUAAAAUGCUUUAGAGUUUCAGAGCUGACAUAACUAUUGAACCUGGAAAAUAUACUGAUUUUUGUCGUUAUAUAGUGCAUUCCUCGUGCUCAAUUUCAGUUUAGUUUUCAAUUGCACAAGCAUACUUCUUACAUUUGAAUUUUACCUUAAAUGUUUUAAUCUGGGGAGCUGGUGUCUUUUGCAUUUCCUUUCACUAUUCACUCGGUGCUACAGCAUUUAUUAUUUUUUCAUAUAGAAAUAUAGAAAAUACUUUAAUUGUUGAUUUCGAUGAAUCUUUGAGACAUCAUUUGACUUAAGUUUUUUUAUUGAAAACAAUGACUCUAAAAUAUGUGAGGGAUAAAAUUUGGUACAAGAUCUUCAGCCAGAGUUUACUAUCUACCAAUUUGGCACUAAGUACGAUUAAGGGACAUUGACUGCCUGUCUGUGAACAUGGUAAUUUCAAAAAUACUUGAAUGUUUGAUAUUAGUUCUGUUGUUUUAUAAUCAGAAAUGUAGGUUGUGUUAAAUUUUAGGUCAGAAGCGCUACGAUUUACAUGAAUGAAAUUCCAUAUUUAAUCUUGUGUCCGAUCAGCCCCAUUAUUUAAGUUGUGAGAUAUUUCGACAAUUGCAAUGAAAAACCAACUCAGGAGAAAAGAAAUUCAUAUGCAGAUUGAACCAUGACGGAAGAAGGAAAUUCACAUUUUUAUUUCAUGGAGCAAACUCACGUUUCCAGAUAUUCGCUUCAAAACGGCUGCAAGAAACCAUUAAAAUGUCUUUACAUGUGGGGAAACAAGUAAUAUAUAUAAAAUUUAAGUUAAUUCCUACUUAGGUUAACAAUUUUUUUUUAAAUUUUAGUUACUUUUUAUUAAAUAAUUACAAUUAAUAUAAAUAUGUAUAUACAUAUACAUAUGACAGAAUUACAAUUUUAAGUGGAAAAAUAGAGCUUGGCAACCAAAUAGAAAUUCCUGACAAAUUUAAUUAAUUAAUAUUUGAAAAAAAAACUGUAUUAUCAUCAAGUGUCAUUAUCUACAAGUUUAAAAAAAUGUAUUUGAACUUGAGUGGAUGAAUAAAAUGUAUUUUAUUAACGAUUGAAAAUUUGAACAAUAUAUAUAGAGAGAAUGUGAGCUAAUAGUAGGAAUUGAAUAACGGGAAAAAUGGAGGAAGAAGAUGGUUUCCAAGUAUAUGAGAUAUUUAAGUACAGUUAAAAGAAGGCUAGUGAUGAAAGGCAGCCAAGAAAAAUGAUGGGAACAGAUAACUUAUAUAUCGGUGCUUCGACAAGAGAUUGAAUAGGAUCACGUUGUUCAGCAACUGCGUAGGCAACCGGACGACAGGCGUUUUUAAUUUUUGCGACCAGAAAACUAAAUAUAAUGGUCUGUUCGUCCGAUAUCCGGUACAUUCUCUACUGCUCAUGCGAUAGGAAACGUUUAUUUUGUAAAGAAUUUGACUCGAAAAUUGCCAGAAGGUAGAUGGCAGCAUCGUAUUGGUGUAGAUCAAAAAUAUGAUAUCAUACCGGUAGUACGUUUGGGAGACGGGGAUUUUUUCUAGAGGGAGUCAGCGUGGUGUUGUAUUGUGUUAGGUGGUGUUGAAAGUAAAAGGCAUUGAUGCCUUGUGAUGGUGUUCUAUCUUGUGGAUUAAGAUAAUGGUCGUGAGAAUGGAUUUACAAAUAUUGUAAUGUAGGAAUUUCCUAUUGUUUAUAUGUUGUGAAUGUUUUUUAAUGUUGUGUAUUUUGUCCGACUGUGAUGUUAUAAAUAAACAAAUUUAAAAGACAAAUUUAGCCUAUUCACUCGGCUGUAUUUUCAUGACAUCACAAUUUGAUCAAAAAAGGGGCGAGAGAAGAGACGAAAAGAGAUGUUUUCAUUUAGCUGUAGGGUAAACUGAGAUUAUAGAUUAUUCACCGAGUUAGGAGACAUAAAACUGCUCACCUUUCUGCGUACUGCCCCGGAGUGAAGUCCAAUUGUCGAAAAGUAUUAUUAACAGGAUCCCUUCGGGAGCACUUUGCAUACUCAAUGACAGAACAUCUCUUCAAUGGAACCAUGUCUUUACUGAUGAAAUACGUUUUAACUCACAAACGCUUCUCGAAAUCAGUUGAUAUGGCAAGAAGUAGGGACAUGUUUUCAUCUCACUGAUGUCAAGGAAAGGCUGAGCUAUCCUGGUGUGCUUGUUUGAGAUGGCAUAAUGAUGAAAUUCAAUUAGAGAUCGUCACUAUGUAGCCUUCUCCAUGUUCAUCUGUUCCGAAUUGCCGUAAGUCAGGAUUUUGUGUUCAUGGUCUAUAACACACGUCCACGUGGAUCUUGCUGUUAAUUUCUGGAAAGUAGAUAUCCAUCGAAUGGAUUGACUAGCGUUCUCCUCCUAUUUAAAUCUCAUGGAAUAUGUUUUCAGGGUGCUUUUGGAGAAAUCUGAUGACCAAUCAUAGCAUUCGGAGGCCAACAAAAAUCUGACGCAGAUGCUUAUAGAGGAAUGACAUUUUUGCUUUAAGAAUUGCUUAUAAUAUUAUUCUGUGGGUGUUCAGACGUGUUUUGCAACCAUUUCAGUUAAGGAUCGUCAUAUCUCUCACUAAUAUAUAUCCAUUUGUUGUUAUCUCCCGUCCAGAUACUAUUUUGCAUCGCCAUCAUUUUGUUACAACAAAAUUGGAAAAAUUUUCAAAUUUAGACUCAUUAGGUACUUAAGAAACGCAUAAUGCGGUGUAUUGUAUCAUACAGACACGUCGAAGAUGAAUACCCUCGUCCCGAUUUUAUCGAUACCUAUAAAUUUUUACUGCCUCCCUGCCCACUAGGGUGGAACGAUAAAAAUCAAGUUUUAAUUUGUAAUAGCGUUGAAAAGUUGUCUUUUAGUGUAGAUAAAAUAAAUUAUUAAUUAAAAAUAUUGGAGUAGGUCUUGAGGUGUCGUAAGGACGUUAAAGUUUCAUAAAAACACACUUUUUGCAACUUUUUAAGGAUUUUUUUGUGUGCCUCGAUUAUGAAAUAAAAAGCUUUAAAUAGACGUUAUCAUAUGAAUAAAAAUAUAAAAACAGUUUUACUAUAGCACUAGCAUGGCACUGAAUCGUUGCCAGUGCGGUUGCGCCGGAGGUAAGGCCGAGAUUUGUCUGCUUUCGGUGGCAAAGACAAAGUGGUUUCAAAUCAGUAGUUUUGCCGAGUUCAGUUGAGUUCCGCUCCGUCUAUUGUAUAACUAAUUUGUUACGUUAAUCAGUUACACUACAAUGAAAGCUUGUAUGUUUUGCUGUGAGUAAAAAUCGCUCAGUCUAAAUUUGUGAAGACAAGACAGAUUAUUGGAGUGCUCUAUUUUUGGGAAAUUUAGUGAUUUGCUUGAAGUUGAACUCACUACAUACGAAUCUAGUGCUACUGUUAUAUUAGACAUAACCUCAAAAUUGCUUCAGAGAAGGAUCCUUUUGUAAGCAAAACAUGUGACACUUUAAUUCCCAUACUAUAUCAAAUAUUCUAUUCUCGUUGUUUCUAGCAAAAUAAUUUCACAAAUGAUAAAAGCUUGUCAUGAUAAAGGCAGGAAUUUAUUAAAGCCUAAGUAUAGAAAAUGUUCAGAUAAGUUUGAUUUCAACCUCACAGGAUUUAGAGAAGAAACUAAACCUUUAUUUCAUAUUGCUGACUGGUGUAAAAAAAAGUGCCAGUUAUGGAAUAAAAGGUUCUAAGCGAUCAACGCUCUAACAGGAAAAUGGUUAUAGGUAAUAUUGAUAUAACUACAACACAUGCGCUUUGAGGAAGAAAGAAGCAAGAAAGAGUAAAGAACUACAGUAAAUAAAAGUUUUAUUAAGAACGGACAAAAAAAACAACAAAAAAACAGUGCAUCAGAAAAGAUUACUGGCGACAAUGACAACGCUGAAGAACAAAAGUUUUUCUUACAAAAAGAGGCAAACCAACCAGACCCUUCAAAUAGAAAGACGAGAUAAAACUACCAGCUGCCUGUGUGGUUUAAUAUUAAGUUAAUGUUAAAUUAGCUUUCGUGUACUCAUGGUUCCAAACAUCUUUUUAGCCUUAUCUCAUAUUCUCGCUAUCUCUCUGAUGAUCUCAAGAACGUUAUAGAUCAGAUUAUUCAAAGAAAUAUUUACUUUGCUGAUUUAGAAAAUAUCCUUUUGUCCAUGCUAGGUGAGGAACGUAAAAUUCGAAAAGAACUUGGUUUACGACGUGCUUUAAAAGCAAGAAUGGAAUGUAAAAGAAUGAGGUAGUUUAAUGUUCCAAAGAUAAACUUCGACGCAAAGGAUUACAUCGACAUGAUCUCAUGUCUUGAAAAUAUCGUAACUGAACCUCCUUUGUUAAAACAUGUUUCCAGUGACUCUCUGAAAGACUUUAUACGGAAGGCACUGAAACUGAACCAAAUAGUAUAAAGGGACUCGAUUAUCGACUUUCUCUGGCUUUCUUGUCUCACGCAAGCAGUGGAAAGAGUUGGGAGAUUGGUGGCCGAAUCGGCUCAAAAUGUCUGUGGUUCAAUCGCAAGAGAAGGAUACACAAGAAGAAAAAUUAACUCGCAUGUGAAUAUGCCAAAAUUUAAUUAAAAAAAAAUAGUUUAAUGUGGCAAUGAAAUAGAAACAAACAUUUUCCAGCUGUAACAUUUGUAAUCAUUAAGGAUACAGAAGUAAGAAACGCAAAAUUUGACAUAAAGAUAUUUUUUCUAUUAUUAUACAUUAAUAAUUUUUUUUACCAGUUGUAAUGUAUUUAAAAUCACCUUUUGUAAUAUUAUAUGAACGAAAAAUUCAUAAAAAUAUUUUAUCAAAGUGAAUAUUUUUUCAAUUUUUUUACAAACUUUAAGCUCCUUGCGGCACUUCAAGAUAAUGUAAUAUUGCAACCAAAUUUAAAAAAAAUGUUUUUGAACCUAAAAGGCAGCUUUCCCGCACUAUUACCAAACUAAAAUAAAAAUAAAUAAAUAAAAACCCUUUUCGUUCCAUCCUACUGCCCACCUUUCACAGUAAAUUAAAUACGUGUACAAGUAACCUUAUAAGGAGAACUGAAAAAUUCUCAAAAUAAAUGUAUAAAAUCGAAAAGAAAUUCCGCUGUUUUAUUUGGUCACCUCUCCAAUAUUAAUUUAGAAUUAUAUUUACAAGCAUUUCUCAUUCGCAUUUUUUAAGUCCUCAAAUUAGACAAAGUUGUUUUAAAUCUCAUUUCUCUUGUAGACUUUUUUAGCACUGGCCAUUAUAAUUAUCAACCAACGGGAGUGGUCUCCGAAAACUUUCUCGCAUACUCUCCUAAUAAGGAUGUUAUCCCACAGACCGCCUUGCAGGGCUUUGACGUAUAAUAGUUAGGAAAUAAUAAUCUAUGGCGUGAAUUUAAAAUUUUUAUUGAAUCUAUCGUGUUUUCUUUGGCAAGAGUUUUCGCAAUUAAUCUCUAGCAUGCGGUUAAUAGUAUCCGAAAAUAGAAUUUGGGGUUUAGACGUAUUUUUCCAACUGAUUGAAAUAAAAACUUGACACAGAACUACACUUGUAAUCACAAAAUCGCAUACCAAAUUUGAUAUACUUAAGUCGCAAUGUUUUUGAGUUACUGCGUUUAUAUGUUUCUGAAAGUACAGUCCUACAGACGAUCAACCCACUGGAUUUGACUCAAAAUUUGAUAGAUACCUACACUAUAGAUGUUAAAUUUGUACAUGGAAUUUUAUCUAUCUUACUCUCUUUAUUUUAGUUAUAGUAUUAAAUUAUAUUCGAAUAAACAACAGUCCACCCCUGAUUGGAUUUUGUUCAAAAUUUGGCAAAAAUAUACAGAUUUGGUGUUAAGAUCAUACCAAAUUUCAUCCGUCUAGCUCAAAGCGUUUUUCAGUUAUUUCUUACAGACAGACGGAUGGACGGACAUUUUCCAGAAGUGUUUCUGUCGAACUGAGGAUGGUCUGAAAUGUGGAAAUUUGUUAAAAUCUAAAGUUCAAAUUUUCUGACGAUUACAAUACUUUCUUUAUACUGCGUUUACGAGAAUGUAAAAAAUGUCAUUAUUUCUUUAAAAAAAAUAAUUCAAUAUUUAUCAUGAACAUAACAUUUUUCUAAUAUUUUCAGAAUAUUAACAAACUGACUGAAAGCAAGCACAUCAAAACAAAUGUUAAAGACUUAAAUGUAACUUUGAAAAAAAUUACUGAUUGCAUUGAUUCAAUUUUUGAAAUCAAAACAUAUCGUCAAGUUUUAUUUCCAAGACCAUGAUAUUAAAAUUUUUAUUUAAAGAUUUAUUAAACUUAUAUUUCAAUUUUGUUAAUUCUGUAAUGAUGUAUCAACGACCUUCACAUAUGCCAAGAAAACAUUUUUUCAAGAAUAAAAAUAAUAAAUGAAUAUUUGAGAUGUAACAUUAAUAAAGAAUGAUUUAAUUCCUUAGACAUUUUAUCUAUUGAGUUAAAAAAAAACCCUAAAAUGUGAUGAUAUUAUUAGUGAAUUUGCAAAUUUUGGAAAAUGAAAUAAAUACAUAUUAACUUUAUUAUAGAAAUUCGCAUGCCAAAUUUUAUUUUAUAAGUUAAUGAAGCAGCUAUUUUUGUGUUUUAUUAGUGAAUAUUAUGUUUGUUAAAAUGCUAAAUUUAUUAAAAUAAUUCAGUUACUAUUUUUGUGUAUUCCUUAAACUUUUGCUAUACCAACUUUUGUAAUAUAAUAAAAGAUAGUAGAAUAUGAUUUUGUUGCACAAAAUUUGUUUUAAGGCUCCCGGCAAUUCAAUUUCACACUGAACCCCGUUUUUAUGCUGGCGGGUCCUAUACAGUCUAUUAAAGUUAUUUCAGCUGUAAUUUACAAUUUAUGUUUCUUAUUCUUAUAAAUCUGUAAUAUAUUAUUUUCUACUUCCCAGAAUAAAAUGAAAAGAGAAAUAUUAAAAAAAAAAA